AUGAUGUCUCCGACGCUGACGGUCAAGAACACGUUCAUCUCGGUGGACGCGCUUGAGGGGGAUCUCGAGGGACCCUCCGUGCAAACGAAGACGUCGCGCCAUGUCCUGGCGCGAUCGCGGUCUCAGGGAAGCCUCGGCAGGGAUGACGGGGAGAGCGAGCAGAUCAGGAAGCUCAACCGGAUCUUGGAAUCUGACAAGGACGCAGUUCGCGAGGCCCGCUCCCCGAUGAAGACGACGCCCGCGGGCACAGCGACGCCGCCCUCGAGCGAGGACUCGAGCUCUGAAAGCAUGGACGUGGGAGGAUGGAUCGAGCUUGGCAGCUACGGGGCCCUACCGGCGUCCGCGCUGCGUGAGCCCGCGGGGAAGUCGUGCGUCUCGGAGUUGCAAAAGCUCAAGGAGAAGCUGCAGCAAGUCUGCCAGCCCGAUGCAUUGGCCAGUACGGAAGCUGCGCUCCACGUCGACGGCAAAGGCAUAGAUCGCAACGGCUCCAACGCCUCCGUGAGCACCAUGACCUCAUUCGAAGCCAACCGCUCGCGUGCCUUCUCCAACGGCUCCAUCAUGACUGACUGCUUUACCGAAGACCGUGACGACAGCCCCGUGGAGUUCGACUUGACUAUUGAAGAGGAGCCAGGGAAGCCUUGGGAUGAGAAGAAAUGGUCAGCCAAGGAACGGUACGCGCGCAGCGACUCCGGCGGCAGCUGGGGGGGCCCCGAGCCACUCCUCUACGGGCCGACGAGCUGGUACCCGGCCGCUGAACAAAUGAGUGCCCCCAUGGGCUACAAUGGCUCGCCUUUCAACACGCCCAUGCCGUCGCCAUCCCAGUGGGCGCAGGACAAGUGCUAUGGAUACAAGGAUAAGUCUUCCCGUGGCCUGCCGCGGGAGAGCCGGCACAACCGUGUGCCCAAGAACGUGAACCUGCAAGCCGAGUUCCAGAGCGCCGGAGAGAUCACGACGCUGAUGAUCCGCAACAUCCCGAACCGCUACACGCAGAGGGAGCUCAUGCAGGAGUUGGAGGAGCUCGGCUUCGCGAACAAGUUUGACUUCCUCUACAGCCCGCUGGACAAAGGCACCAUGUCGAACGUCGGUUACGCCUUCGUGAACUUCAAAACCCCCCAAUGGGCCGCACAGUGCAUGCAGGCUUUCCAGAGCUACCGCUUCAAGCGCCACCGCAAGACCUCCGGGAAGGUCGCAGCCGUGUCUGCCGCCCACUUGCAGGGACUGGAGGCCAACCUCGCUCACUACGAGAAGACCGCGGUGAACACUGCCAAGAUGAAGCAGCGCCGGCCCGUGGUUCUUGCGAGCAUCUCCUCCCUGACGCCUUCGCUGUGA